CUUCCUCGUGUCGACCGUCCGUCGUGAUGGCAGACAUGAAUGCGAUCGUGGCUCUCCAGAAGGCGGAGCGCCUAGUGGCUACCAUUGCACGGGCCUUCUACACCGACAUCACCGUCCUCGUUGUCGACACUCUUAUCAGAGAAAAGUACAUCAAGGACAAGGAUGAGGACCUCGGCAGUCGGCUCAACCUGCAGCCCAAGCAGGUCCGCUCCGCCCUCGCCGAGCUUCUCGCCGAGGGCUUCGCCGCAAAGGAAAUGAUGUCGGACGAGAUCUACUCGGGUCGGAGCAGCAACUACUGGUACAUCGACCUGAGGCACGCCGUGAACGUGAUCCUCCUUCGCGUGUUCCAGAUGAAGGAGAUCCUCAGCCAGCGGCAGGAAGCGAAGGCCGCCCAUCAGGCACUUCCCACGUACGUGUGCCCGAGGUGCCACGAGAAGUUCGAGGUGAUGGACAUCUACAAGCUCUCCAACGGCGACAGGUCGUUCUGCUGCAGCCACUGCUGCCCCAACGACGACCACAGCGGGUGCAAGAAGGGCAGCGGCUACACCCUGGAGGACUUUAACGACAAGAAGGGGCUCGACUCGGUGACCGCGCUGAUAGGCCAGCUCAACGAGCAGCUGGGGGAAUCGACCGAUCCAGCCGUACCACGAGAGAGCAUCUUCGAGCUCGUGCACUCCCUACGAGAUACUGUGGUGCCGAGCAACCUGCCGAGCCAGCUGAGGCAGAGGGGGAUGGGGGGGCAGCAGCGGGGGGACGUGUCUAGCGCGCAUGCGAGGUUUCAGGACGACUUCCACCACCGAGGGAGGGCGGCGGACAAGGCGGCGGCGGAGCGGGGUGCGGCGGGCGGCCGUGCUUCUUCCAGGCCUGUCCAGGUGCUUUACACGAAGAACUGGCGAGGGGAAGAGGUGGUGGUAGAAAUAGAGCAGAGUGAAGACGAGGACGACGGGGACGAAGACUGGGACGCCGAAGGCGGAGAAGAAGAGGACGGAAACGGAGCCGGAGCCGGAGGAGGCUUGCUGUUGCCGUCCCGAGCGGCGCUCAAGCGCAAGGCCGCGGACGCGGCCGCAAAGGAGGAGGAGGCCGCCAAGCGCGCCAAGAAGGCCCUCCCGACCUUUCUCAAGGGGAGCGCCAUUUCCGGCAACUACAACAACACGGCCGAUAGCGAGGAUGACGAUUCCGAGUCUUCCAAGGACGACGCUAAGGCUGAGGCGGCGGCGGCGGCGCAGCAUCACGCGCGACGGCUCGGGGUGGCGGCGGUGACCAGCGUGGCGGAGCGGGACGAGAUGAAGAAGAGGCUAAGGCCGUGGACGGAGAGGAUGAAGCAGGUCUGGCGACGGCAGCAGUCGGAAAUGAGGCGGGAGGAGCAAGAGGCCGCUGCCGCCGCCGCCGGCGUCAACGGGGACGAUGCUUGGUGGGAAAGCGACGAUGAAGAUGGUCCUGCGAAAAACGGCGGCGGUGGAAGGAAAGGGGCCCCGCAGGCGAGAACAUCAGCCAGACUGCUAGGACUAUCGGCGGGGGUUGGAGCGGGACAGAGAUUCAGGGUCGGCGUCCGUUUCGUUCCGAUAGAGGCGCUCACGGAAGAGGACAUUGCGAAGAUGUCGGCCGAAGACUACACGAGAUUUUACAACGUGGUGGUGGGCGAAGGGGGUUGUUGAAUGCAAACUCAGGGAGAGCCACGUCUAGUUUCGAUUUUUGUUAAAACUUGCGUGCAUAUUUUUUGGUGUUGUUUUACGAGAUUGGUUUGGGUUGUGUGUGGUGUGAGCGGCGACACCGUCGCAGUCGUUCUUUUGUGUGAUUUUGUCCGGCUAAUGCCCCUUUCGAGGACUUGGCCGAGCUCAUGUGUCCCCGUGCUUUUUGUGUGCCAAAGGAAAUUUGUGGUAUUCUUUGUCGAUACAGCGUGGUAGUAGUGUAGAUGAAAGCCAGGACGAGGAACGCGCAUGUUGCCGCCGAAGGCCGAAUGCCGUCCUCAGCUGCCUCGACUUCAGCGUGGAUAGAUAGGUAUUCUGUUUUGGCAUCUGUAACCUCGUGCUCUCGCCCACUUGGAGUGGCGGCGAGGGUACCGAUGCCAAGGUGUGUUCGCCGUAAACGUGACUUGUAGACUAGUGUGGUCUGGCGUGUUGUGGAACUGAGUAACAACCUGGACAACUCUGUUUCACCAAAAUGCAGAGACACAAUGACGCAGUCGCCCUGCGUUAGUCCUUUAUGACGAGACUGCGCCUUGCGAGCCGUUUUACACUUUUACACAAGGGUUCAUGCGCGCGCACGCUUACCGAAAACGAACAUCAUGGUACAAGCUCUCCUAGAGAGAGAAAAGGUGCC